GAGCUCGCGGCCGCCCGGUGCGACCCGUGGCGCGGGGCACCGCCGGGGCGCGCGUGCAGCUCCUCCGCGAGGCCCCCAGACGUGCAGCUCUCCGCCCGGCGGUACGAGGCCCUGCUGGACGCGGAGAUCAUGCACUUCGCAAGGGCGAAGCUCCACCCGAUCACCCUGCGGGACAUCCUCGGGCAGAAGGACGUGGCGGCUUUCCGCGAGUUCCUGCUGGAGGAGCUGCCGAUCCGCUAUGCGAGGAUCGAGACUGCACCUGCUGGAAUCCAUGCCGCAGUGGAAGGACUUCCCGCACCUGAAGGUCAUCCGGUCGCUCUACGCCGACGCGUUCCGGCGUCUACGGGACAUUUCACUGUCGGGCGAGGAGCGGUUCAGGACGACGCUCGAAUACAUCAGGCGAAAGAACUCCAACAUGUUGCCGCACGUUGUGAGGGGGACGCGCGCAAUGAAGAAGUCUCUGCAGCUGGACGACGAGAGGGUAAACGACUUCCUGGAUGACUUCCUAACAGGCACGAUCGGGACCGACAUCCUCUCCUCGCAGUACUUGGCCAUGACCAGGCCAGGCAACCCGACGUCGGUAAUCGACCCGCAGUGCGACCCGGUCAACGUGGUGCGGGCUGCGGCCGAAGAGGCGAAGCGCCUUUGCAUGCAUCACUACGGCCGCGCGCCGCCCGUGGAGGUGGUGGACAUUGGGCAGGUCCGGUUCCCGUUCAUCUCGGGGUACCUGAACUACAUCAUGCUCGAGCUGCUGAAGAACUCGCUGCGCGCCGUCACGGAGAGGCACGUCGACCGCGCCAGGGUGGGUGAGCACCCGGUGCGGGUGGUCGUCUGCGGCGACGAGAGGAUCGUGGUCGUCAGGGUCUCGGAUUGUGGCGGAGGCAUCCCGCCAGAGAGCCUCCCGAAGGUGUGGUCGUACCUCUACACGACCGCCACGGCCCAGGGCGAGGACGCGCUGUCCGACGGCGACUCCGACGAGGAGCCCCCGAUGGCCGGCUUCGGGUGCGGCCUGCCGCUGAGCAGGAACUACGCCACCUACGCGGGCGGCAGCCUCGCGCUGAACACGAUGUACGGCUACGGCACGGACGCGUACCUAUACCUGAACCGCCUGGGGGACUCGCAGGAGAGGUGGUCGAAGUCGAGCCGAGGGCGGCGCUGCCGUGCAGGGGCUUCGUGCCCAGGGCAGAUCCCGUCCGCUAGGAGCUGCGGCCGCGCCGGGCGAAGCUGA